AUGGACAAUCAUGAAACCAACAGAACCUACGUCAACGGCUAUGUUUACAAUAUUCUGGUCAGGGCAGACGAGCUUUACGACAAAGGCGCACUCGAAGAGUGUAUGAGACUCCUGCAACGCCUCGUUGAUGACUACGACAUGGGCAUGUUGCCAAAGACCAAGACUCUGAUAUUGCCGUGCAUGCUCGUCGACGACUGA